AUGUCGACGACAACACGCCUACUUUCACAAUCAGUUCCCAAGAACGGCGUGAUAAUGCCGCCAUGGCUUCACGACAUCACUCAAAGCACUUCAGCUGCGCCCAAGCUGUAUGCUUGGACUCCCGAAAACCUGCCAAACUGUUCAGCUGAUGGAGAGUCCCAGUCAGCUACGCCAAAGGACCUCCAAAAACGCAUCUUCAUUCUUGGCAUUGGAAACCUCGGCAGAUUCUAUGCCAACUCCCUGGCAAAACUAGGUCAAGAAGUCCCAGUGACACUCGUCCUGCACCGGAAGAGCUUGCUAGAACACUGGGUCUCCGAGCCUGGUAUUGAGUUGACGCGUUACGACGUAACCGAAAGGAUCUCUUCCUUCAACGUGGAGUGGUGGACAGAACAAGCGCCAGCACAUGGACCUGUAAGGGAGGUCUGUGACGGGGCCAAGAUCGCCAACCUGUUGGUCGCUACCAAGGCUCCAGAUGCUCUGCCCCAGGUAGAUAGACUACGGCGCUAUCUCGAUGGGAACUCAACUGUGGGAUUUGUUCAGAACGGUAUGAACAAGCUGUGGCCGCCCUACGGCGCUAUAUACAGCGAGCAUCGCUUCCCGCCUAGACAACAUCCAAAUUGGCUGGUUUGUGUGACAACUCACGGCGUAUACUCUCUGGGUGCAUUCAAGAGUGUCCAUGCGGCCCCUGCGGAUAUCGCCAUGGGGUUGGUGUUGCCGAAUCCGGACACAGCUGGCGCAGCGGACUACCUCACGGAGCAAAUCUUGAAGGCACCUGAGCUGGAAGCCCGUAAAGUCCCACGGAACGCACUCUGGGUGCUUCAACUGGAGAAACUAAUUAUCAACUCCCUUAUCAACCCCUUGACAGCCGUCAUCCGUUGCAUGAACGGUCACCUUUUCGACCAGCCAGCACCCGGAUUGAAGAAGCUUAUGGACAUGUUGGUUGACGAGGCCAGUCAAAUACUCCAGGCGUUGGCUCAGCACUCGAGCAGCCAGGAUAUUCUCACUGGUGUCGACUCGGCUCCCGAUGCUGACUUGAGCAAGGAAGCCCUUGUAGAGCGUUUCUCGGCUGCGCAGCUGAACGCAAUGCUGCAACGCGUUGGAGAAAAGGUGAAAGAGAACAGGAGCUCCAUGUGUCAGGAUGUUAUGGCUGGGAAACAAACCGAAGUGCGCGAGUUCAACGGUUGGUUGGUACAGAUGGCGGAAUUCCUUGGCUUGGAAGCGCCCAACCAUAAGAAGCUCUGCGAGCUAGUCGAAGCUGGUGUUGUCGGUGAACAAAACCUCCUAGAGGCUUACUUUGGCAAGAAGUAG